AUGUUGUCCCAACUAUUAUCACUACUAGUUCUUACACCUACAGUCCUAUGUCGGAAUUACUUUGAUGUGUCAGAUGGAGACAGCUACAUACUUAAUGCAAUACAAGAUGAAGACAAGGAGAUGAAGAUUGACAAUAUCUUGCGGAACCCUUUAAAGUAUAAAGAUUUCCCUCCUUUAGUUAGUUCGCCAAAACGAACAGAAAGGACCUUGGAACAAGGCCAUAUUCCGCAAUAUGUAAUAGACUAUGCGCCUUUGGUUCAUUUGUACAGUGAGGAAAGGUAUCUUCCUUAUGAUAUUGGGGAAUAUGUAACUAAUUUCCAUGUAACUUUUGAAAAUGGAUCAGUGUAUCCUGGUACUGAAGCAGACAUGAAUUUAGACAAGUUGUCCAAACUUAAGCAUUCUUGUGAUUUAUUUCUAACUUCUAAUUCCGAUUUUGAUAAAGAUCCCGAUUGGAUUACUGGGGUGAAAAAUAAACCAAGUUUAAUUAAUGGAGAAAUUAAAAAUGCUCCAGCAAUUUUAAUUGUUGUUGAUAAAGGGUUUGGUUGGGUCGAUGCAUACUGGUUCUAUUUUUAUUCAUUCAAUUUGGGUCCAUUUGUCAUGGGUCAGGGUCCAUAUGGAAAUCAUGUAGGAGAUUGGGAGCAUUCAUUGGUAAGAUUCUACAAGGGAGAACCAGUUAUUGUUUGGAUGUCAGCCCACGGUGGUGGUGGUGCAUUUUAUUAUCAUAACCUAGAAAAAUAUGCUCUUGAUCCAAGACAUCCAGUCAUUUUCAGUGCUAGGGGAACUCAUGCCAAUUAUCCUAGUGUUGGUCAACAUCCUCAUGAUUUACCCUAUGAUAUACUAAGUGAUUUCACUGAUCGUGGUCCUUUAUGGAACCCAUCUAAAAACUAUCUUGGAUAUACUUAUGAUGGAAAACAUGUCUUCCCAGCAACUAAUAACUCGAACCCAAAACAUGUUGGUCGCGAAUGGCAAUAUGGAAACUGGUUAUCUUUCAAAGGACAUUGGGGUGAUCAACAACUCCCCGAUGAUGACAAGAGACAAACUUACUCAUUCAUUGGAGGACACAAAUACAUCAACGGCCCCACGGGGCCUCUAAUGAAGAAUUUACUUAGAGUUGUACCCUGUGAACGAGCCAAAUGGUGGAAUUUUUGGAGUGGAUGCAAUGUUAGACAAAAUAUUAAAUGGGGAGUAGGCAUAGAAAGUGAAGGAUACAAUUGUGGUAACUUGUUUGUUAAAGUUCGUCCUAGAUGGCUAAAAACAAUUUUACAAAAAGUCACUUGGGGUGGUGGGUUUUGUUAUAUCGUGGAUUUGUUAUAUGGUUAA